UACCAAACACCGGACGUUUCAGUCAGUCUCAUAUUGGACGACUGCGCGUGCGCAAGUGUCUUAGUGUUCGUGUGAUCCAACAACAAACAAAAUGUAUUGCGAAAUACCAAAGUUAUUCAGAUGUUGCUUUUGUCUGCCUCUACGGAAAGGUGCUCUGAUAUUUGGAUACGUUAAUAUCUUGUUCUCUGUCGUCAUGCUGUCUCUGUAUAGCUACUCUGUGCACCACGAGCUCGGCUUCACCAUGGUGUACCACGGCUCCACCUCCGAAUUUGAAGACGGUGUGUGUGUAGGCAUUUACUGUGUGGAGAUUCUAAUGAAUGUUGCGCUGGUGUACGGUGCGCAUAAAAGGAAUAUUUUAUUCUUAAGGAGCUUCUAUUACUACGCUGUGGCGACCAUGCUGAUGACGUUUAUAAUUCAAAUCGUAUCUUUAGUAAAUUCACGUUACUUCGGAAUGGUCAUUGAAAUGUUAUGUCUCUACAUAACUGGACUAUGUAUACAUUUGUAUUUAAUCAUUGUGGUGCGGAGUCUGGUCAGCAAGUUGGAGAUAUCUGACGGCCAUGCGUAUGAGAACCAACUGCAGCAGAUCGUGAGCGGGGAGAUCAAAGUGGAAGGAAACGGAGUUUACCCUAGUACUGUAGUGCCCAAUACCGCGUAGUACCUUUCUUUGUCAUUCAUAUAUUCAAGAAAUAUAAACCAGAGAUUCUCAAACUUUUUCUCAUAGACCCCUUUUACAUUUCUGCUAAUAAAUUUUUAGCUACCUUCGUCCUUCGCGUAUCCUCCAACUUUAUUGUCUGCCAUCAUACACUUCUACUGGGUCUGCCAUGGACCCUAGGGGUUCUGCACCUUUCUGGGGAUCACAGAUAUGAACUAAAUAAAUUACGACUAAACUCAGGUUCAGUCCGGUCCAUUGUAAGAACCGACUAGUUUUGUCCCAUUGGGGGUCUAGGAUACAUCAUGCCUUUAAUUGUAAGAACUAGUAAUAGUAAGAGCUUAGGCUGUGCUAGGUUUUUUUAAGGAUAUACCAGUGCUUGUUCAACUUAUUAAUUUUUAAGACAGUCUUUCAAGUUAUAAUUAUUUUCUUUGAAAAUGAACAGG